AUGGCUGUAGACACACUGUCUGCCGUUGGAGUGGCGACUGAGCCGUCUGAUCACUUGUGGGCCGUUCGUAUGCUCAUGGCUAUCAAUUGCAAUCAGGGCAAUGGGUGUGUAGGAACGUGUGCGCUGGUGCUAGUGCAGACGUCAGUACAUCGACUGACCACCACCUGGAAUAGCAUGCGCAAGGGUGUCUUUAAUCUCCAUUUUGGCAUGCAGCGCGAGUGCGAUGGGCAAGUGUUUGCCACGGCUGUGUAUCUUGUCCCCUCAUUGUUCAACCACAACUGCACGCCGAAUGUCUGCUAUCGGUCCGAGGGCAGACAGUUGAUCUUGAGCACAAACCAGGCCGUAGAAAAGGGGGCGGAGUUACAGCACAGCUACCUACAACGGUCGAAUCUGAGGACAUACGAAGUCAGAUCUGAGGCUCUGGAGAACUCGUACUUCUUUGCGUGUGCGUGUGACACGUGUGCCAACGAACUCACAUUGCCCACAGAGCACGAAGGACAGGGCCACAGCACGCCACACAGCGAUAGCAGUGGAGACGAGGCUGGGUGCUAUUGGAACUCGGAUCUGUCUGACAGUGACUGA